UCCGGCUGGGAAGCUGCUGAGGAGGAAGGAAGGGACGGCACCCUGCAGCCCCCGGGCCAGGCACUGGCAGGGGGCGCCAAGCGGAGCAGUGGCCGGCUGGAGGUCCCCCCCCCCCCCCCCCGGGAGGGGCAGGGCCCGGGCCCUCCCCUGGGUGGGCGGGGUUGGGACAGAUCAAGACUUCUCUCCGCCUCUGGCUGCAGGAACCUUCGGGCUGCGAGGGCGCGAGCCCUCCUUCACCAGGCGGAGGCUCCGUCAACCUCCUUCACCCCACAGCCUCUGAGGAGCGCUCCUCUGGCUCCGGCUUCACAGCUCAGGGCGCCACUGUUGGGGGUUCCUGGAAGAUUAGGGCACUUUGGAGACAGAAGCUCCCUGCGGUGCUGAGUCUGGAGUCCCCAUGGCCUCGCUGAGCAGAGCCCUGCGUGUGGCCGCCACAUGCCCUCGCCGGAGCCGGACGCGGGGCCUGGGGCUGCGCGCCCUGACCGGCCAGGCCGGCCCCACCGCCGAGAAGAGCGUGCCAUACCGGCGGACCCUGAAGGACCCCCAGGGCCCCUCGACGGUGGCCCGGGGCCCAAGCCAGCCCCUGCCCAGCACAGCCCACGUGGUGGUCAUCGGCGGGGGCAGCUUGGGCUGCCAGACCCUGUACCACCUGGCCAAGCUGGGCGUGAGCGGGGCAGUGCUGCUGGAGCGGGAGCGGCUGACCUCCGGGACCACCUGGCACACGGCAGGCCUGCUGUGGCAGCUUCGGCCCAGCGACGUGGAGGUGGAGCUUCUGGCCCACACCCGGCGUGUGGUGAGCCACGACCUGGAGGAGGAGACGGGGUUGCACACGGGCUGGAUCCAGAAUGGGGGCCUGUUCAUAGCAUCCAACCGGCAGCGUCUGGAUGAGUACAAGAGGCUCAUGUCGUUGGGCAAGGCGUAUGGCGUGGAGUCCCACGUGCUGAGCCCGGCCGAGACGAAGGCACUGUACCCGCUCAUGAACGUGGACGACCUGUACGGGACCCUGUAUGUGCCGCACGACGGUACGAUGGACCCGGCCGGCACGUGUACUGCCCUCACCAGGGCUGCUGCUGCCCGGGGAGCCCAGGUCAUCGAGAACUGCCCCGUGACCGGCAUCCGUGUGCGGACCGACGACUUUGGGGUGCGGCGGGUCGCAGCCGUGGAGACAGAGCACGGCUCCAUCCAGACGCCCUGCGUGGUCAAUUGUGCAGGAGUGUGGGCCAGCGCUGUGGGCCGGAUGGCCGGAGUCAAGGUCCCGCUGGUGGCCAUGCACCAUGCCUACGUCGUCACCGAGCGCAUUGAGGGGAUCCAGAACAUGCCGAACGUCCGCGACCACGAUGCCUCUGUCUACCUCCGCCUCCAAGGAGAUGCCUUGUCUGUGGGUGGCUAUGAGACCAACCCCAUCUUCUGGGAGGAGGUGUCAGACAAGUUUGCCUUUGGCCUCUUUGACCUGGACUGGGACGUGUUCACCCAGCACAUCGAAGGUGCCAUCAACCGCGUCCCAGUGCUGGAGAAGACGGGGGUCAAGUCCACAGUCUGUGGCCCGGAGUCCUUCACACCUGACCACAAGCCCCUGAUGGGGGAGGCACCUGAACUCCGAGGGUUCUUCCUGGGCUGCGGUUUCAACAGUGCAGGGAUGAUGCUGGGCGGCGGCUGUGGGCAGGAGCUGGCCCACUGGAUCGUCCACGGGCGCCCAGAGAAGGACAUGUACAGCUAUGACAUCAGGCGUUUCCAUCACCUGCUCACCGACCACCGCCGCUGGAUCCGCGAGCGCAGCCACGAGUCCUACGCCAAGAACUACUCUGUUGUGUUCCCCCACGACGAGCCCCUGGCGGGGCGCAACAUGAGGACAGACCCCCUGCACGAGGAACUACUGGCCCGAGGCUGCGUCUUCCAGGAGCGACAGGGCUGGGAGCGGCCGGGAUGGUUCACCCCGAAAGGCACAGCUCCGGUCCUGCGGUACGACUACUAUGGGGCGUAUGGGAACCGGAUGCACGAGGACCACGCCUACGGCCGGCUGCUGGGGGACGAGUACACGUUCGACUUCCCGCCCCACCACGACGUGAUCAAGAAGGAAUGUCUGGCCUGCAGAGGGGCCGCUGCUGUGUUCAACAUGUCCUACUUCGGAAAGUUCUACCUGGUGGGUUUGGAUGCGAGGAAGGCUGCCGACUGGCUCUUCUCUGCUGAUGUCAGCCGACCCCCAGGCUCGACCGUGUAUACCUGCAUGCUGAACGACAGGGGCGGCACCGAAAGCGACCUGACUGUCAGCCGCCUGGCCCCCGGCCCCCAGGCCUCCGCCCUGGCCCCCGCCUUUGAAGGGGACGGCUACUACCUGGCCGUGGGCGGGGCCGUGGCCCAGCACAACUGGUCUCACAUCAGCACGGUGCUGCAGGAUCAGAAGUUCCGGUGCCAGCUCAUCGACAGCUCCGAGGACCUGGGUCUGAUCAGCAUCCAGGGCCCGGCCAGCCGGGCCAUCCUCCAGGAGGUGCUGGACGCAGACCUGAGCAACGAGGCUUUUCCUUUCUCCACCCACAAGCUGGUGAGAGCCGCCGGGCACCUGGUGCGGGCCAUGAGGCUCUCCUUCGUGGGGGAGCUGGGCUGGGAGCUUCAUGUGCCCAAGCCAGCCUGUGUGCCCGUGUACCGGGCUGUGAUGGCCGCAGGCACCAAGCACGGCCUCGUCAACGCCGGGUACCGGGCCAUCGACUCCCUGAGCAUCGAGAAAGGCUACCGGCACUGGCACGCCGACCUGCGCCCCGACGACAGCCCCCUGGAGGCGGGCUUGGCCUUCACCUGUAAGCUCAAGUCAGCGGUCCCCUUCCUGGGGCGGGAGGCCCUGGAGAAGCAGCGGGCCGAGGGCCUCCGCCGACGUCUGGUGUGCUUCACGGUGGACGAAAAAGUGCCCAUGUUUGGCCUGGAGGCCAUCUGGAGAAACGGCCAGGUGGUAGGCCACGUCCGGAGGGCUGACUUUGGGUUUGCCGUUGACAAGACUCUCGCCUACGGCUACGUCCGGGACCCCAGCGGCCAGUCGGUCUCUCUGGACUUUGUGAAGAGUGGUGACUAUGCUCUGGAGCGGAUGGGGGUGGCCUACCCUGCCCGGGCUCACCUGAAGUCUCCCUUCGACCCUGACAACAAGAGGGUGAAGGGAAUCUACUGACGCCCCCGCGGGGCGGAGCCUCGGUGCAUCAGGAGGCUGAGACCUGCUCCGUCCGUCGCUGACCCUCCCCACGGGGCCCGCCGCCCUGGCCCAGGACCGGACCCGGCCAGAGCAGGGGCCUCCCCGCCCUCCUAGUGCAGAGCUGCUCGCCCCCCAAACAGAUACCACCCGAGCGGACAGGAGACCCAGAGGGCCUGUCCUGUGGUCACUGACCAGAGGCUGGCCUCUAGUCCACCCCUACCCCCCAAAACAAAGCUGCAAGGUCUUGGGCUCAGGGAGCGUGCCAUGUGGCCCUCUAGAAGCUUCUGAGAAGGUGCGUAGUUAACCCCUAGUAAGCCCAGUAUAAAAGCAGGGAAGCAAAGGGAUCCGCCUGGUACCCCAGGCCUGCCUGACCAGCAGACUGUCCAGAGCAGAGCACCGCUGGAGAGUUUCCAGGUGGACAG